AUGUCAGUACCUGAGAUGAACAUCGCAGCCAUAGUGCCCAGCUGGAAUGGCAUGAUCUUGAAACCUCACUUCCACAAGGACUGGCAGCGGCACAUUCCACGUGGUUUAACUAGCUGGCCCAGAAGAUCCUCAGAUGUUAAGGCUCAGCAAGCCAAGGUGCACCACAUCGUCCCGUGCCCCGCAUCUCAGGGGCCCAUUCAGCCCAUGUGCUCUGCCCCCGCAGUUCGGUACCACACAAAGGUAUGCACCGGCCGUGGCUUCAGCCUGAAGGAGCUCAGGGUGGCAGGCAUUCACAAGAAGGUGGCCCGGACCGUUGGCAUUUCUGUGGAUCCGGGAUCCACCGAGUCCACUGAGUUCCUGAAGGCCAAUAUGCAGCAGCUGAAGGAGGACGGCUCCGAACUCAUCCUCUUCCCUAGGAAGCCCUCAGCCCCCACAGAAGGCAGACAGUCUUCUGAAGAGCUGAAACUGGCCACCGAGCUGACAGGACCCGUCACGCCCGUCUGGAAUGUCUGUAAGAAGGAGAAAGCUGGAGUCAUCACUGAGGAGGAGAAGAGUUUCAAAGCCUUCGCUAGUCUCCACAUGGCCAGUGCCAACGCCUGGCUACUCAGCAUCCAAGCAAAAAGAGCCAAGGAAGCUGUAGAACAGGAUGUUGAAAAGAAAAAAAUAAAGCCCUCUUGGGGACAUGCAAUAAAUCAGCAGUCAUCUCCUGCCAAGCCCUGCCCGAGUCGACACCAGAAUCCAGUUAGCGGAUUUCCAGCAUCACAGAACCAGCCUCGAGGCAGGCCCCUCGGCAGCGCCAACCUGAGGAGACUAACACCCGGCUUUAGGGUCUGCGCCUGCGCUGUGGAGCCCUUCCCCCCCCAGCGGCUUUCCAUAUGUGGGGGUCAAUGGGGCAGCCUUCCUCCAUGUAAUCCAGGCAUCCCCAAACCAUGGUCCGCGGGCUGCAUGCAGCCCCCGAGGCCAUUUAUCCGGCCCCCUGCCGCACUUCAGGAAGGGGCACCUCUUUUAUUGGUGGUCAGUGAGAGGAGCACACCACACCUUCCCUCUAUCGGCGCCGAGCAGGUGGCCAGGCCCUCGGGACCUUGCGCCCACGCAGCCCAGUGGCACGGCCAGCUCGUGCGUCACGUGACGCGGGUCAGCUGCGCCGCCGGGACCUCCAGGCACCGGGGCGGCGACCGCCCAGCGCGUGGUCUCGGGAUCUCAUCUUUCCGCGCCCCUCCCCCCACGAUUCCGGAAAAGGGGGAGGCCGGUGACGUCAUCAUCCGGGUUCUUGUCGGCGGGGCCACGGUUCACAAUGGAACAAAAACAGCGGCUCCAGUCAAACUAUGA